UUUCUUAAUUACUUUAAUAAAAAAGAUAAAUAAAUUCUCUGGUUUCUUCUCCUAUAGUUUUUUCUGCGAAAUUUAUGCCCACCUUCAUUUAGACUUGUUUCUCUCUCCUCCCUUCUAUUUUUCUCUCUCCUCUUCUGCUUCUUUUCAACAUAAUCCUUGCUACAUUGUUCAUGAUCUGAAUAUUCGCAUUCUCUCUCCUCUUAAUUUUCCUUUUUCUUUUGCUGCAAUUUCUCAACAUUCUUGGUGUCCCACAUGGGAAAGAUUAGAAGUAAAUGGAAACGAAAUUUCUUGAGUGGAUUAAUUUGUUUUCAUUAAAGUGAACCAAUUUUGUGCUUAAGCAACUUUUAAUUUUCCUGCUGGUGGGUUUUAGAUGGUACCAGUUGAAUGUAGCAGCUCGUAGCGGCUGAAACUAAGCAUGUUGAUAGAUUUUUCGUUGGAUUUUGUAAAUCUGUACGAUGAGAAGCAUGUCUUCAACAAAUUUUUUCAUCUUGUGAUGCAAUUGAACAUUAACCUUUAUCAACAAGCAACUGAUAAAGACUUUAUUUCUAAAGAAAACUAUGUUUGGAGGUUAUUAGAGGUCCACUGAUAUUUCUGAUCGGCGUGUGAUCGAAAUAGUAUAUAAUGGACAGAUAUAAACUUUUGAAGGAGCUCGGAGAUGGAACUUGUGGAACUGUAUAUAAGGCUGUCAAUAGGGAGAGUUAUGAGAUUGUUGCUGUCAAGAAAAUGAAAAGGAAGUUCUAUUUUUGGGAAGAAUGUGUAAACUUACGGGAAGUAAAGUCUCUGCGUCGAUUGAGUCAUCCCAACAUCAUAAAGCUGAAAGAAGUUGUGAGAGAGAAUAAUGAUUUGUUCUUCAUAUUUGAAUAUAUGCAAUACAAUCUAUAUCAAAUAAUGAAGGACCGACAUAGACCAUUUACUGAAGAAGAGAUAAGAAACUUUUUGACUCAGGUCCUUCAGGGACUUGCACACAUGCAUAGGAAUGGAUACUUUCAUCGGGAUCUAAAACCUGAGAAUCUUCUGGUGACCAAUGAUGUGAUCAAAAUUGCUGAUUUUGGACUAGCCAGAGAAGUUUCAUCAAUACCUCCAUAUACUGAAUAUGUUUCAACACGUUGGUAUCGGGCCCCCGAAGUUCUGUUGAAGUCUUCAUUGUACACCCCUGCAAUUGAUAUGUGGGCAGUUGGUGCAGUACUUGCUGAACUCUUCACCUCGUGUCCAAUUUUCCCUGGAGAGAGUGAAACAGAUCAGCUAUACAAAAUAUGUUGUGUACUUGGUGCUCCAGAUUGGGCUGUGUUUCCUGAAGCUAAGAACAUCAGUCAACUAAUCAGUAUAAGUUAUUCACAGAUGUUGCCUGCAAAUCUGUCGGAAAUUAUCCCAAAUGCUAAUUGGGAAGCUAUUGAUCUAAUCAGCCAACUGUGUUCUUGGGAUCCACUUAAGAGACCAACAGCAGAACAGGCACUACAUCAUCCAUUCUUCCAUGUUGCUUUGCGGGUGCCUCGUCCCAUUCAUGAUCCCUUUCAUAGUAAGCCAGAUUAUACAAAAACAAAGCCAAACCUUGAGCUGAACUUGUGGGACUUUGACAGCAAGGCAGAUGAUUGUUUCCUCGGCCUGACAUUGGCUGUGAAUCCUGGCGUUUCUAGUUUAGAGAUGGGACCUCGUGUAUCUGGAAGCACACGACAGGAUGUAUAUUUCUGCUCUAGUUUCCAGGAUCAUCCAGAGCAGUCAGUUUUUUGGUCGCUUUUUUCACCUUGCCGAAAUGGGGCGACUCCUCCAGUUGAUCCGUCCUUGUCACUGUCAUUCAGUUCAAUUACGCAUCCUCGAAUUGCAGUUCCUCAUUCAGGAGGUUUCGGCCUUGCAGCUUUGCAGCCAGGUAUUUUAGAUGGCCCAUUAUUGGUUGUUUCGUCCCCCCACCAGCCGAGUCAUUACCUCUGAUUGACUCUAACGUCUUUUUUUCUUUUUUUCAAUGUGGAGGGAGCGAGCAUAGAGAUGUAAUUAUUUCAUUUAUUUUCCUUAUUCCUUCUCCAACACUAAAAUAAUUAUGUUAGGGAUCACAGUUAUUAUGCUCCUUGGAGCUAUUUGUGAAUAUAUUAUAGUUGUUUAUGUAAAGAGUAUAUUUUUUGUCC